GCAUUAUAUAAUCUCCAAAACACAUCAAAAACAAUAGUUGAGCUAGUCUUUUUCUUUACCUUGAAAGCGUGGUCGAUAGGAACAGAACAAUGGCAGCGACAGUGGUGUUUAGCUGCAUCAGUAGUACGAAGGUAAGGACAUGGAAAAGAUGUUCAAAGCAGAUAAAGGAGCAGAGGGCUCGUCUGUACAUCAUCUGGAAAUGUGCUGUCUUUCUUCUCUCCUCCUCCCAUGAUUGAUCAAAUCAAUCUCCGUCUUGCUUAAUGUAUUAGUUUAGUUCCCAGAGAGAAGGGAAAAUAUAAUGUAUAUUCUAUUGUGAUCAUAAAUCAAAAAUUGUUAUCUACAAUCAUUUGAUUUAUAGAAAUAGUUAAUGUAAGUUCCGUUUUUUAAUAAGAUACCAGGUGUUUGCCCACAA